AUGGAUAUCCGUCGCCUACUGCACAACCCGGAAGACGGAGGUUGGUAUAUCAUCGGCGAGACCAAGAGCGAAGCCGAGAUGAACGAAUUCCCGAUGGACAUCGAGGAAUUCGUUUGCAACCCGAGCGAGCUGGAUACAGAAAUGGAGACAAUCUCGACGGACGCCUUAUUGGACGGGUAG